AAAAAGCAAACUUUUGAAUGCCACAAAGUAAUUUUGGCCAGUGCAUCGGAGUUUUUCGAGCGCAUGUUCCUCAGUGAUUUCAAUGAGUCCAAAUCGGGAAAGUUUGUCCUAAAUGAUGUCCAGCCAGAAACGUUUGCCCAUUUCCUCCACUAUGUGUACACCUACGAUACGAAAGCUCUUCAAAAGCACGCCACCUUGACGAUGAUAAUGGAGCUACUCGUAUGCGGCUCCUCCUGGCUCGUGGAGUCGAUCGUCUUCGACUGCGUGGCGAUCAUAAAGAUGAAGCUACCCACAAUGUUGAUCGGCGACCUUGUCAGGGUUUUCCAGAAAGCACACGACAUAGAAAAAGAGGAUCUCAUCAUUUGUUGUAAAAAUCAAUUGCACUCGCGUUAUCGCGAAACCAUGAAUUGCUGCGAAACAGUGUUCCUAACUUCAGAGGUCUUCAAGCAGUACCUAAUUAUCACCCAGGACUGUUUGCCUGAGGUCGAGAGGUUUAAAAUGAUGCAGACUUACCUAUCCGUUAAUGGGCUUAUAGACAAUGAGGCGGUCGAGCCUACAGAACAUGUCUAUGGUGAUGUUGGUCAAGUUGAACUUCCGGAAAAUUCUAAUGACGACGACGGACCAAAAGAGAAGGAAAGAGAUGACUCCGAAUCUCUUGGUAAACCCCUAACUUCCAAGGCGGCUAUCGAUGCAAACGGGAGGAGAACAGAUGAUGUGCUCCUCACAGAAGAGCCAAAGGGCGUUAAGAUCAAACUCAUACAUCAAAAAUAUGUAAAAACUCUAGUGGACCAUAUUAAUUUCAGUAACAUGUUUAAAAAAGAAUUUUACAGUGUAGUUGGAAAUUCUGAUUUGUUUAACUACAAGGAAAAAUACGAAUAUCUUUACCUAACCAAAUAAACCAGUAUAAAAAUGUACUUGAAUGAAAAUGUAACUACAGAUAUUCUAUUUACAUACGAAGAACACUUCAUGUAUAACUUAGAUGCUAAGAAGCAUGUAUAUUAUCAUUUCAUUUUUAAAUAAAGCUUGGCCUUUAUAUAGAAGCAU